AACUGACCGUCCAUUUAAGGUCUUUAUUAUCCUGUGAAAAUUCAUCUCUACUCCUCUAAAAAGUCUUCACCAAUUUCUGUCGUAUUCACGUAGCUUCAAAACAGUUAUUUUGCUUCACUCAAUGUCACAGUUAUCUUAUCAGCAAUGAGUUAAUCGCCAGACAUCAGUGUCAGUUAUUUUUUACCGAGCUAUCUUGCAGCAGAGUAAUCAUGCAUCUAAAAGAUUUAAGGUUCCGAAGCAAAACUGAGCUUAAGGCUGCUUGCCAAGUGCCACUGGAGACUUUGAAAAAGGUUGCAAUGCGGUCAGACCGAAGCACAUACUUGACAAAAAUACUUGCAGAAGGGGAAAAAUCUCUGCGAAAAGGAGAUCAGGAAAGUGCGUACCGACAUUUCAUGACGUAUAUUGAAAUUGUCUCCUAUAUCCAACGCUCAGAGAACGACAAAAAAUAUUUAACUUCCAUGUUUGGUUCAACAGCAAUGGAAACCAUCUCAGUGCUUGAGAAACUUGACGAAGAACUCGUAGCUAGGUAUGAAGAAAGAAUAUUGAAGGAAACACAGACUAAUGAAAAGAAUGCCAAAUCGCAGCUGCAUGAGUCAAACGGAGAAAUUUUGCCAUCAAGUGAAACCACCGCACCGAAACCAGAAAAGAAAAUCAAAGAUGGUCAGAAAAGCAUCGGACCUCAAGUAUUAUCACAACUCAUGAAAGAUGCUCUUCUACUGGUAGACGUGCGACCGUCAGAAGAGUUCAAUCAUUCCCACGUAGUUCAUGAUUCUAUCAUAAACAUUCCUCCGUCAAUCUUAAAGCAGAGCAAAACUGCAAAUCAAAUAGAGAAAGUUCUCGCAGAACCAUUCAAGUCACUGUGGGCUCAAAGGAGAAAAUUCAAAUACAUAAUUCUAAUUGAUGAAUACUCUUCAGAAGAUGGUUUUUCACCUGAAUCUCCACUUGAUGUUGCCUUGCAGGCCAUUAAUAACUGGGACCCUAACACUAAGUAUGAAAAUAAAGCUGUUUUUCUAAAUGGUGGAUAUGCAGAAUGGAUGAAUUCUUACCCAUUUCGAACUACAAACCCGAAUGUCCAGUUUCCUUCUCAUGAUAUUUCACUAUUAAGUUUAGAAGAUAUUCGGUAUCCCAAUAUGUUUGAUGAGCCAAAACCUGUUGUUGUUCCAAAACCUACUCCAAUCAUUCCAGAUAGGGCUAAAAAGCCAAUUACCAAUGACUCAAUGAACCAUGUUCCAAACAUAUCAGUUUUGAAAACGCCAAGCAAUGUGCCAACAUCGGAAGAUGUGUCCAAACCACUGGAUGAUCGUGUAAUGAACCAAGGAGAUGAAAAUACAGGAAAUAGCACUAAGUUUGCUGAGCCAGAAGAGCCAAUCACUAAAACUGUUGAAGAAUCACCUACUCCUAACGUAGAUGUAAAUCUAAAAAUAAACGGUGAUCCAGAACCAUCUAAAUCCAAUAUUAACAUGAACGGAGACAUAGCUGAAUCACAAAUUAUUUUUCAUCGUUUAAAGCCAGAUGGUUACUCCGAGAUCAUGCCCAGCCAUUCAGGCAUGAAGAGGUCCCUGUCCAUGCCGAAAAUAAAUCAGUUAAGCGAAGAAGGAGCAGGGGCAGCGCCGAUUCCAACCAUUGAUAGAUCAAGCAAGCCACAAUCUCAAAGGAAUACAGAUAAUUACAAAAUUCGGGACCUAAGAGAUUCUGAUCCUGUUCAUGGCAAAGUUACCCCAGGUCUAACUGGAUUAAAAAAUCUAAGGAAUACCUGUUACAUGAACUCAAUUCUGCAGUGCCUAAGCAAUACCCAGCCUUUGAAUCAAUUCUUUCAUGCCACUAAAGAUUUCAAGAAAAAUCAUGAAAGCAAAACAGAAGGAACUAUUGCAGAAGAGUUUCGCACGGUUAUUAUCAAAUUGUGGGCUGGCGAGUAUAAAUCUUUUGCUUGCAAAAACUUGAAAAAUCGAAUCGGGCACUACCGCAACACUUUUUCAGGAUAUGAUCAACAGGAUUCGCAUGAAUUUCUUACAAUAUUAAUAGACUGGCUACAUGAGGACUUAAAAGGGCCACCACAACAAUCUUUUUUAGCUGGUGCAUCAGAGGAAAGUGGAGAGCGGGCAUGGGGUGAGUUUAAGAAAAACAACCACUCACCAAUCCAAGAACUAUUUUACGGCCAGCAAAGAUCUGUGGUUACUUGCACAAAGUGUCAUGAACGCUCCAUCACCUUUGAGCCUUUUUCAAAUUUAUCUCUUCCAUUACCAUCUGGCACAGAUGUUUGUACCUUAAAAGAUUGUCUUGAUUUAUAUGUGCAAGCGGAAACAAUUUUAGGCUGGGAAUGCCCAAAAUGUAAAACCUCUAGAAAUGCUGUAAAAAAGCUUGACAUUACAAGGUUACCUCCAAUUUUAGUCAUACAUUUCAAAAGGUUUACCAGUGAUGGAUGGUGUCGCAAACAACAAACAUACGUUGACUUUCCUGUAAACCAAACUUUGGAUAUGUCAAAUUUCCUGUUCGGCAUUGAACAUAGAAAUGUACACUUUUCUCUUUACGCUGUUUCCAAUCAUUAUGGAACAAUGGAUAGUGGACAUUAUACAGCGUAUUGCAAAACAGCAAAGACACUCAAGUGGUACAAGUUCGAUGAUCAGGAAGUCUGUGAAAUAUCCCCGGAUUCUGUCAAAACUGCAGCUGCCUACAUAGUAUUUUACUCGAAGCUGGAUUUGGACAAUACCUAGUUGAUGCUGCCACUAUAUGACUUCAUUGUCACUGUUAUAAUUCGCCAAUCCCUCUCCAGCCAAGAGUUCAAGUCUGGCAGAAGUUGUGACCAUCGCCCUGAUAAAUCAUUUAAGACUGCUUCACGAAGGAUCUAAGCUCUAUUGAAUUCAUAUUUAUUUUCAUUGAUUUAUUUCAAAGUUCUUACGUUGAAUAGUUUUCUCAGAGAAAAUGAUGUCACAACAUGGUAUCAGUUUAUUAAUCGUAUCUUAAAUCUAGUAUUGGAUGAAGAUUAAGGCAUUCCAAAAACGCCAGUGUUACAAUCCUCUUGUGACAUAGUGCAUUUAAAAAUUGUACCAUCCGAAUAAUUUACUUUUUAACCUACCUUGCUGAAUUGAUCAUUCUGCUCAACCCGCUCUAUUAGUUGAAACAUCUUAAUUGGCUAGAAAUAAUGCAUGAGAUAUUUUACAAAUUGACUCGUUUCUUUUCCUAGCAUCUGUUGAGUUGGAUGCUGUUUUGUGUGAGACAACUAUCCUUAAAAUGCAAAUUUCUAAGACAAAAAAUUCCAUAAGACAUCCGUGUUAAUGCUGCACAAUAAGGCUGUUCAAUGAUUCUAGAAUCACCUUAAUAAAAUGUACCUCUUAUGUAAAACUUAACAAAAAUGAGCUCGUAAGCUUAAAAAGCUUUGCGAGGCUUCUUGCUUCUUUUUUAUUUAUUUUUUAAAAAGGUGAUUUUAAUACUGGAAAAAUACAGGAAGGUCAUUUUUACUAUUGAUGUGGAACCUGCUGACCUAUUAUUUUUCUGUUAGAAAUAGGGGUCGAAUAUUUAGUGAUCCUGAAAAUUAAUUUCUAGCUAAAAUUCAGUUAAAUGAAACAAAAAAAAAAGGACAAAGGUGCUAGAGUCCCAAUAUUCAAAAUAAUAAUUAAGCUUUUGCUGAUGUCCAAGAAAUUCUGAAUAAACUUGCAUCAUCGGUUGUUCAUUUUUAACCACAAAAAGAAGGGGAAAAUUAUUUGAUUUUUUUUUCCUCCUGCAAGAAUAAAAGAACUUUGCACGUCCCUGUAGGGGUUCAGUCGCUCUAAGUACAUUUUGAGCUUUAUUUAUCUCCACCACACAGGAAAUGGUCCAUGUGUUCAAUCAUAAAUAUCUCGAUUUCUACUCAGUGGAUUUGCUUAAUUUUUUGGUUUUUUGCUGAUGAUGAACUUCAUGUCAAUCUAUUGAAGUUCCAACAAAAUGUGCCAAGAGCCACUGCUGAACUCCUACUGGUAUGGAGGAUUCUUGCAAUUCUUCCUAAAUAACCGUCAGCUGAAGGAGUAUCCCUACAUCUUCACUAAAAAAUGUUCUCUUAAGAAAGGAAGAAAUAAAGAAAAACGGACCUAUUCAUAUGUUCUCUCCCAGCAUAUUUGGAUGUUCUGCCAGUGAAGUCCAGAAUGGUUUAACAAAAAGUUUUGAUUGUAAAAACAGUAGAAAAAAGAACAGACUGAUUCUUUGUACCAUGAUGUCUGAAUUUACCUGACACUUGAGAUGAAAGGAAAAUUCUAAUAAUACUUUUUCUAGCUUGUGAAAUUUGUUGAUUUGAAUUCUUGAACUGUUUAUGUUCGUUCCUUUGACAUCAAUAUUCUCAUGGAAGUAAGUUUUAAAUCAUAAUUUCUUUAUGCACAGCAUUUCCACAUUGAUACCCAAAUUUUUAUCUCCAUUUCUAUAGGUUUACAAUAAAUUGUUAUCUGUACACUAGUUCAAGAAUUGCUGCAAUUAAUAUAUUUAUUUUUAUUGUUUGUUUA